AUGAGUUACACCAACUUCCAGCUUGAGGUCCUUAGCCGACACAACAUUCUCAGGAAACGCCAUUCUGCCAUAUCAUUGCAGCUCGAUUCUAAUUUGUGCAAUUAUGCCCAAGCGUGGGCCAAUACACUGGCCAGCCGAAACGUUAUGCAGCAUCGCCCCAACAGAAAGUAUGGAGAAAAUUUGUACGCCUGUUUUGGAAGAACGAACAUCUCGGGAACGGAAGUGGUUAACGCGUGGUAUAACGAAAUCAAGUACUACGCGUUUGGCUCACCAGCUCCGCGCAAUUUUUCGCAGGUCGGUCACUUUACGCAGGUUGUGUGGAAAACAUCGCGUCGGCUGGGCGUCGGCAUUGCCAAGAAGGGCACAAACGUGUACGUGGUGUGUAACUACGAUCCACCUGGCAACUUCACGGGACAAUAUCAUCUGCACGUCACUAGACAGUAA